GCACUGUUCAGGCAGCCGUCGUCAUUACAUUUUGGCAGUCCUGUAUCCAGAACACAGCGCUCGGCCGAGCCAUCACUCUUUUGGAUCCUGUUGCUGUCCGGAGAAUUCAUCCCCGGCAUCAGACCGUGCUUCACACCGUCUGCUUCCGGAGUGGAGUUCGAGCGAGCAUUGUUUAUGCUUUCUUGAGAACUGGGGAGGUCUCAGAUUUAUUCUCCGAAUCCCGAGGGGAGCCGUGUUGAUAUCAUUGACAUCACCGACUUCCCGAAAGAGGAGCGACUCGGUGGAGGAUGCCGAAAAAACUAUCGACGAAUCAGAAGUCUGUUGAUGCCCGCGCCAGGAAAGACGCUGCGAAACAGGCUGAGAAGGAUCGCGUUUUGAAAGCCAAAGAGGAUGAACUCUGGCGCGAUGACGACAAACAGAUUGCAAAGAAACAGGCUCGUAAGGAAGAGAAGGAGCGGAAAGACGCUGAGGAGAGAGAACGCAAGCGAGAGCGCGAGAAACUGCUCCAGGAAGAAAUGGCUCAACUGAAGGGAAAAGAAGCUUCGAAGCCUCCACCGAAGGUCACUCGGGCCCAAAUCGAGAAGACGCUGCUUGCAGGGGGCUCUGCCACCCCUAAACAAGAUAAUGUCGUGGAACAGACUUUGGUUUUGGAAAACCUAAACAGAAUCGAGGGCGAUGCGCAUACGGCUCGGACGCUGGACGAGGCCAUCACUCUGAUGGGGAACCUGAACACCGCAGAAACAUUGAUCGACCGUCAUCCAGAGCGACGGUUGAAAGCAACGUUCGAAGCUUUCGAAGAGGCGAGAUUAUCAUCGCUGAAAAGCGAAUAUCCGAAUAUGCGUCUUUCUCAACUCCGUCAAAUGAUCCGGAAAGAAUGGCAGCGAUCUCCCGAGAACCCACUGAACCAGAGGGUCCUCGCAUACAAUGCGAAAGCGAAUCGCCAAGCUCAGGACGAAUGA